AUGGAGAUAAAAUGUGAUAUUAAUCAUAAUUUAAAUGUGAAAUGUAGUUUGCAAAAUUUUGUCCGUAAUAUAUCAUUAGACAAUGAGAAAAAAGUUUUGCAUGUAUUUGAAUUGAAGAAUAUUAGAACAAUAUAUGAUUUAAUAUUUUCUGUAUCAUUCUUUAAGUUUAGUAAUUGUAUGACAGAUGUAUAUAGUAAUGAUAGUGGUGAAGACACAUCAAUUCAUAAAUUAAAUAUAAAUUGGAAAGGCCAUAAAAAUGUUCUUUGUGCAAAUAAUAAAUUAAAACAAGAUAAUGAACUUCCAACAAUUGUAUACGAUAAGGAUAUAUGUAAUAUAAAAAACGGAACCUUACAGGGAAAGAAUAGCAACAUUAACGAUAUAUUAAAAAGUUCAAUAAAUACAUCAAAGAAUAAUAAUAAUAUAAAUAAUAAUAAUAAUAAUAAUCAUUUAUAUAAUAAAGAUGAAUUUAUUAAUAAUACACUUAAAAACGAAGAAUAUAAUAACAUUUUAUCCAAUACAGAGUUAAAUAAAAUGAACCCUUCUAAUAAUAAAGAAGAAAAUAAUACAACAACACUACACCCUAAACAUUCAAACGUAAUGGAAAUUAAUGAAAUGAAUAAUUAUUAUGAAAAGAAAAAAAAGGAAUGUACUUAUAAUAAUGAAUAUGUAUAUUUUGAUAUAUAUAUUAAUUCUGAUAUUAUUAACAUAUUUCAUGUUAAUGAUAAAGAUAAAGAGAAAUUAAUAAAAUAUAUUUAUGAUAUUAUAGAAACUAAUGAUAUAUUAAUUAUGUGUAUUUAUUUAAAUUUACAAAAUGUAUAUGAAAAAUUAGAAAAAUAUAAUAUUCUAAAUAUAACAUUAUUAAAAAAUAUUAUUGAAGCCAAAAAAUUUGAAUGGAUGAAAAAUGAAAUUGGAAUUUCACUUAGUGAAUUUAUACUAAUUAUAAAUUUUAUUCUAAAAGUUAAAAAGAAUAGAAUUUUUUGUAGUAAUAUAUUUAAUCAAUAUAAUAAAAAUAAUAAUAAAACUACUAAAAAAAAAAAAAAUACAAAAACACUCUGUGAUAAAAUUCAUCAAUUUAUUGAAUUCGAUAAUUGGACAUUUAAAAAUAUUAUAGAUAAUCCUUUCUUUCAAAGAUUAAGAAGCUUAUCACAAUUGGGAGCAUGCCAAUAUGUAUAUCCAGGAGCUACACAUAGUAGAUUUGAACAUAGUCUUGGUGUUGGUUUCUUAUCGGCGAAAUAUUUUACUCAUUUAUGUAAUAGAUCUAAUUUAUCACCUUAUCAUGGAGAAUUAAAAAGAAUGCUUAGAUGUGUUCAAAUUGCUGGUUUAUGUCAUGAUUUAGGACAUGGACCUUUUAGUCAUACAUUCGAAAGCUUCUUUAUGAAUUAUAAAAAAGAAGAUACAGAUCAUAAAUGGAAUCAUGCUUCUAUGUCCUUAAAUAUUGCUGAACAUAUAAUAGAAAAUUUAAUAGAUCAAGAUGACGUACUAGAUGUUAGUGAUAUUAAAAUUAUUAAAAAAUUGAUAAAAGGAACAGAGAAUAACAAAACAUUUUCUGGAAUAGAUCCUAUAGAUUCAUUAAUAACUGCUUCAUUUGAUAUUAUAUGUAAUAAUAAAAACGGAUUAGAUGCUGAUAGAUUUGAUUAUUUACAAAGAGAUGCAACAAUCGCUCCACCGAACGGUACUUUACCUUCAUUAAAUUGUAAUCGUAUUAUUGGUCAAAGCGCAGUCAUUAAUGGGCACAUAACAUAUAAUGUUAAAGAAAUUCAUCCUGUAUGGACAGUCUAUAUGAACAGAUUUUCAUUAUUUAAACAAGUAUAUACACACAGAAAAGUAAGAGCCAUGGAACUUAUGCUCUGUGAUGGUUUCCGUUUAGCUGACGAUAUAUUUAAAUGGUCAGAAUCUUUAAAUGACUUAGACUCAUUCCUAGAUCUUACUGAUUCCUCUAUUAUUUAUGAUAUUAAAAAAAAAGCCAAGGUGUGCAAAUAUGAUGAAAAACUUAACCAUUCCCUAAACUUAAUUAACUCUGUCAUAUAUGAUAGAAAUUCAGAAUACACAUAUAAAUAUAUAUCCGAAAUUAAUAUUACUGAACCAAAAUUAAUCGAAUAUUUAAAAGAUAUAACUAACGAAGAAAAAAUUGCUCGUUAUGCUCAUGGAUUAAGUCCUGAUGAUAUUAUCAUCGAUUGGAAUUAUUUGAAUUAUGGAAUGGGAGCAAAUGAUCCCCUCGAUUCAGUUUAUUUUUAUACCUCAGAUAAUGAAGAUGAGGCAUUUAUAGCACAUAAAGAAUAUAGAGGUACUCAUCCUCGAUACUUUGAAGAGUGUAAUGUGAGAUUGUAUUGUAAAAAUAAAAAAGUAGCACAUCUAGCCAAACAAGCCCAUCUGAAUUUUAUAUCCAGUGAGGUUUUUACGGCAUCUUCGCCUCUUCAUAAAAAACAAAAGAAUUGUUAA